ACACCCACUCGUGAGGAGGGGGGCUAAGUGAAGUGAUAAGUCUGUGGUGGGUGCUAGGCUGUUGGACAGGUAGGUGAGGCUCUUAAAAAUCUGACAUUGUGUCGUCUGUGUGCUUGAUGGAUGGAAGCAGCACAGACGCAUCGUGUCCAUGAAACAACACCGCAGAGUUUGAAGUGUCAGCUGCGCCGGUCUCGCAUACAACGUACAUCUUCGUCUACACAGACAAAGGUGUCUCCCCCGAGAUGCAACGUUUGUUCUCUAUGUGUCGCGUGCCUCUGAUUGAUCAGCGAGAGAACCGAUGUCCACUCGUGUGCACAGGACUAGUGGAGAGAAUUGUCGCGCGAAAAGCACUGCACUCUAUCCUAGAAGGUCUCUUCUUCUCGUUCCUAACGGGUCCUUUCUUGUCGUUGACUAACUAGGCCUUUGUCAUUGUGGCCACAUACUCCAUCCCGUUGACGUUGGCCAUCAGACUCGACAGGGGGCAUCGACGCUCCACCUUCUCGAGCAACUCCUGAUGACACACCACACACACACACACACAUACAUACAGAGAGAGAGAGAGGGAGGGAGGGAGAGGUAUACACAUACAUACGUAUAUGUGCAUAAGUAUAUGCAUAUGUGUGUAUACCAUGUGUGUGUGUGUGUGUGUGUGCUGUGGUGUACACAUUGGCUCACGUGGAUGCGAUCAUCCGAUUCAUUUGUGGCAAUCUUCCCCUCGACCGUCACCUUCUGGAAGUGGCUCUGAACGUUUGGGUCUCCCUUGAGGCCCUUCACAUCGAGCUCACCCUUGGCCGUCCAGUCGAUCUGACGGAUGACCCACACAUGCCGACACACAUGCGUCACUCAGUGUAGGUGUGUUGAUGUCUGACCUGCAUGACGGCCACAUCUUACUCACCUUGUCGAAUUUCAUCUUCAUCUCGUUGGCCACUCCCACACUCAGCACGUGCAGACAACCACACAGGGCACCCAGGCUCGUCUCUGCAGCACACAGUUCUCACACACAAACAAACAUCAUCAUAUGUGACACCUUCAAACAGACACACUCAUGUGCCUGCAUCACACACAUACGGAUACGCACCAAGUGGGUUGGGCCCCUUGUCCUGGCCGCCCAGCUUCGCCGGCUCGUCAGUGAACUGCACCCAUCCACAUAUGCCACACACACACACACACACAAAAUCAACACAGAUGCUCAUCGACAACCAAAAAAUGUCCCAGCUCCUCCCCCUUUCCUCACCUGCGCGUGUUUGCCCGAGGUGUACUUACACGUCACCGACAUGGCGCCUGAACAGACAACACACAGAGUGGAAGCAGCAGAUCUGCAUGAGCAUCUUUCGUGUCAGCUGACCCUCGGCCUUGACGACAAAAGGCAUCAACGCCAGGCGACGCAUCGAUAGACGCAAAGCCAUCGCGACGACGAUGAAAGGCCACCGAAAUCCG